AUGAAGGUGCCAGACUACAAAGCGAUUCAAACUGUCGCAUGCACGGCUUCCCUCUAUGGAAACCUCGUGCUGUAUGCACUAACAACGUUGAAUGUCCUUUUGUCGAUCUACGCGUCGAUAGGGAACACUCUUAUCCUUCUAGCUCUUCGUAAGGAAACUUCUCUUUAUCCACCAUCGAAACUCUUGUUUCGAUGCUUAGCAACAACGGAUCUGUUGGUUGGUGUACUGUCACAACCUCUAUUUGUCAUCCAGUUACUUUCCAUUGCACAUCAGCGAAUGUCACUUUGUUUCACCAUAGUUAGUGUAAAUGCAGUUGUUGGUUCAAGCCUUAUCGGUGUAUCCUUGUUCACGACGGCUACAAUCAGUAUGGACAGACUUCUCGCUCUGUUACUGGGGCUGAGACACAGGAAAAUAGUCACUCUGAAACGAAUUCGUGGAGUCAUCAUCCUAUGCUGGAUUAUAAGCAUUUCCAUCUGCACCUUGAGGCAUUUUUGGAAACCACACCAUUUUCUAUUCUCACAAUUUGCCUCUGGAAUGAUUUACUCGUCGCUAGUAAUCUCGGGAAUUUCAUACACGACGAUUUAUCUAAUUCUUCGCCGUCAUCAAACUCAGAUGCAAGAGCAAGCGAACGAAGUAGGAACUACAUUCAACAUAACGCGAUACAGAAAGACAGUGUCCACGGCUAUGUGGGUACAGCUUACAUUAAUAGCAUGUUAUUUUCCCUAUGGUGUUGUUAGUACAAUAAGCCAUCCAUAUGCCGUAUCUCAUAAUCUUUCUGUCAGGCUUACAAUAACCCUUCUCCACCUAAACUCAUCUUUAAACCCUGCUCUCUACUGUUGGAAGAUCAAGGGAGUUAGGCAAGCGGUGAAGGAUACAGUCAGACAUCUGUGUGAUGUGGUUUGUUCUUUUUAA